UGUGAGGACGUCUGCCGAAGGGAGCAUGUGUGCGCCAUACAGCACGUGGAGUUCGACACUUACGCCACCUGCUUGCAUGGUCUUGGUGCCAACCUGGUACCUGGUUUCCUGCUCAUACUGACUCUGCUGACGAGCCUACACGUAUUGGAGGUGCUAUGACUGUAGGCACUGCCAGCCUACCCUCUUACUUGGUUCGUCUUUCUCCCUGGUAAAACUGGGCAACAUUACCCAAUGGAGAGAGAGGGAGAUGAAUUUUGCCAUCAGUCUGUGGAGAGUAAGGUGGGAUGGGACAUUUGGAUUCACCAGAGAGGGCGCUAAGAAGCACAUUUCUUCUGAGUUUUAUGUUUUAUCCACAGAGCUUGUUUGCGGUACAUGUCUUGGUGCAUUAUUCCCUUUAAUACAAACAUCAAACUAUCAUGCACUUGAUCGCCACAGUAAAGUGAACCCGCAGGAAGAUGGGCCCUGGAGAGUCUGUGCUUUUGAGUCCCUGCUCAAGGUCUAAAACUGGGAACCCACGUGGUCUGCAAAAUCCCUUGGUACUUUUAAAUAAAAGACUUUUCUGAUUUGGUUUCGCAACAGUGCAACCGUGAGGGAUCACAGCUGCGACCCAGACACUAGUCUUGUGGCCACUCUUGUUAACUAGAGCCUCAAAAGGCAGAAUCCAAACCAGUAGAGGCAGGGCUCAAGACAGGGAGGGCUGGGGGCGGGGUCUGGGCGGUGGGACCGCCUAGGGGGCGGAGUCGUGGACUCGCUCCUCCCCGGACGGGGCGAGAUGGGGAAGUUCCGCCCAGCAGCCCGGCCUCUGGGAGGACUGCCCCACCCCCUUCCUGCCGGACUAGCCGGGCUGGAGGGCAGAUCCGCGGUUGUGAGGUUGCCUGGAGGGCCAUGCCUCUGUCCGUGCACCCCCAAGUGGCCUUAGACGUGGUCAUAGGUCUGGUGAGUACCUUGUCUUUCCUGUUGGACCUGGUCGCCGACCUGUGGGCCGUCGUCCAGUACGUGCUCGUUGGCCGUUACCUGUGGGCCGCGCUGGUAGUGGUGCUGCUGGGCCAAGCCUCGGUGCUGCUGCAGCUCUUCAGCUGGCUCUGGCUGACAGCUGACCCCACCGAGCUGCACCAGUUGCAGCCCUCGCGUCGUUUCCUGGCUCUGCUGCACCUGCUGCAGCUCGGCUACCUGUAUAGGUGCCUGCACGGAAUGCGGCAGGGACUGUCCAUGUGCUGCCAGGAGGUACCGUCUGAAUGUGACCUGGCCUAUGCUGACUUCCUCUCCCUGGACAUCAGCAUGCUGCGGCUUUUUGAGAGCUUCUUGGAGGCGACCCCACAGCUCACGCUGGUGCUGGCCAUCGUGUUGCAGAGUGGAAAUGCCGAAUACUACCAGUGGUUUGGCAUCAGCUCAUCCUUUCUGGGCAUCUCGUGGGCAUUGCUGGACUACCAUCGGUCCUUGCGCACCUGCCUCCCCUCCAAGCCGCGCCUGGGCUGGUGCUCCUCUGCGGUCUACUUCCUGUGGAACCUGCUGCUGUUGGGGCCCCGGAUCUGUGCCAUCGCCACGUUCUCGGUCGUCUUUCCCUACUGCUUGGCCCUGCAUUUCCUCAGCCUGUGGCUGGUGCUGUUGUACUGGGUCUGGCUUCAAGACACGAAGUUUAUGCCAAACUCUAAUGGCGAGUGGCUAUACCGGGUGACGGUGGCGCUCAUCCUUUAUUUCUCCUGGUUCAAUGUGUCUGGGGGUCGCACUCGAGGCCGGGCCACUAUCCACCUGGGCUUCAUCCUCAGUGACAGUGUUCUGCUUGUCACCACCUCCUGGGUGACAGAUAGUACCUGGUUGCCCGGUGGGGUCUUAUUGUGGGCGGCUUUAGGCGGCGCCUGCUUCUCCCUGGGACUGGUUUUGCGUAUGAUCUACUACCUCCGGCUGCACCCUAGCUGCAGCUGGGAACCCGACUUUGUGGAUGGGACCCUAAGACUCCUCCCUCCCGAGCGUCCUCCAAAGCUGAUUUAUAACAGGCGUGCCACUCGGUUAGCACAGAACUUCUUUGCCAAGCUCAAAACCCAGGCCGCCCUGCCACAGGCGGUACAGCUGAACGGAGUCCUCUGAGGCAGGGUCUGAUUCAGCCAGUGAGGAAGAUGAGGAGAGUGGGGCCUUGCAAGGGACAAGGGGGCCAAUCAUGUGCAAGCCAGUUUUUUUCCUCUCCAACCGAUAGAGCUUCCAUUGCCAAAUCUUCAGUUGUUACCACUUUCACCUCUCACGUGAUUGGUGGCGUCCUGGUUCCUGGUUCCCUAGCCUGCUCUAGAUGACAGACUCUGGGGGAUGUUCUCGAGAACUCUUCCCUAACCUAUCCCAUCCAUUCACUUCCCCCAACAAAUGCACUGAUGUUCUGGGAGCAUCAUCCUGACUUCUGAACUGGCUGCCACCCUAGCUUCUUUCCCUGCCCACCUGGACAAAUCCUCCGUAGACUCUUGAAGAGCGGAGGGAGGCCAGAGAUGCCCCUCCAGUGUCCUGACGUUCAGGCUCUUAGGCCACCUUACACCAAGUGCCUUAUGGACCUGUGGCCUAGGCCAUGUGAUGCCCACCAAGUAUUUUUCAUUCUCCUACCUCAGUCUGUGUGAAAGAAGAACAUGUGUGCAUGUGUUUAACAGUAUUAAAACCUCACGAGAGUCUCCAAA